UUUAAAUAAUGGGUGGGAGCCCAAGGUUAUAUAUAAACAAAUAAGCGAUCUAAAUAAAAGCUCAAUAAAUCAAAUAAAAACGACAAUACAAAGAUGACCUGGCUGCGCAACCAUUCCACUCCACACUCGAACCUGGUAGACGUGACUGGAACUCUCUCCAAAAUUAGGCAGCACACUUAUGAUGGCACACGACGUUGUCGUUGGUGGCUGGACUGCAGGCAAGGGAUGUGUGUACACGGCAAAAAGAUACACCGAAGUAACCAAACUGCAAUGGCGCGUAGGCCGAUUGCAAGCAACACAAAUUUUAUCAUUAAUCGCAAACAUGAUUAACACAUGAAUAUAAAUUACUUAUAUAUUACCCAUCUAUUGUCAAUACAAAUUACCAACCAGGCACUAGACAGUACAACAAUUCUCGGAAUUUGACAAUUUCAACUACAGUUUUUUAAUCAAUGCUAAUUAACGAUGUUAUACGAUUUUCAACUUGGCCUUGGAAUUCAAAUAAUCAAUAUGGACAUCAAUCAUAUCGUAUCUAAAAUAAGUAAAAAUGUUACUGAUGUGGAAAGCGAUUACAAUAAUCCUAAAAACUAUACUACGGCAACUAAUAAAGUAUACAAAUAUAAUUGCGGUGAUUCUUCUAAUAUUGAGUAUUCUAAUCUUAAACCAAGUUAUUGUGGUCCUGACAGUAGUCGUGGUAAACUUCGACAAAUGAUAAAUAAUUCGAAUGACUUUCGGAUUCAUCUAGGUUUUGAAAACACCUAUUGUGUUCAAAAUAGCAAUAUUAACUCUAUAGUGGUGGAACAUGAAACCAAUAACACGGUGUCUAGAGAAAUAACAUCAUUUGAAGUUAGUGGUAUCCACAAAGAUCUGAUGGUCAAUAUUUCUAAGCUCAAUUUCAAAAUAAAAACUAAAAUACUAAAAAGCACCUUACCAAUUAUUAUGGGCGGAAGAGAUUUAUUAGCCAGUACACCGGCCGGUUCUGGAAAAAUUAUAGCUUUUGUUAUAUCAAUACUGAACUGUUUACUGAAUAAUCUACCGGAAAUAAAUGACGAGAUUCAAUGUUGCGAACCACUUGCUGUAAUUGUGGUACCCAAGAAAAAAUCGGUCAAACAAAUAUAUCAUUUUAUGAAACGAUUGAGUAGUGGCACUUCAAUUAAAUGUAGACCUUUGUAUGCUAUUGAAUCCGCACAACACCAAAAACAUAAAAUUAAGCAAGGCGUUCAUGUUAUUGUUGCUACUCCGGAAAGCUUAGCUAGUUUUGUAAGCGGCGGUUCGGUCACUUUUGCUGCUUUGCGAUUGAUUGUAUUUAAUGAAGUCGAUUUAAUUUUACAAUGGGGUUUUAAACCCGAAAUUGAAUUCAUACUGAACAAUAAAACUAUGGUAUCGGAGGACAAAAGAUUAAUAGCUUUGUUUUCAACCACUAUGUCCAAUGAUGUUAAACAAUUAGCAAUGACAUACCUAAAAUCGAAUUAUGUAUCACUAUCCACUGUACCUAUCAAUAGGUAUAGCUAAAUACCAGAUACCGACCUAUGUUUCAUGAAUGAUCAAAGCGAUAGUCAUUAAACAUGCUACUUAUUGAAGAAUGAAGAGACCGGAGAAGCGUGUACAUAAUACCUAUACUAUACAUGACGUCAGAGAUUCCCAACCAGGGUGCCUCGAACUUUAUUUAAGGUUCAUCAAAAUUAUUUGAUAAUCUAACAAUAUUAUGCAAUAAUAAUUGAAAGUAAAAAUAUGUAGU